AUGCAUCGUGGUAGGGGCGUGAGCAACUCGAGCGGGCCUUCUCUGUCAGACCAGAUUCGUGUUCUGGUUGUUGGCGACAGUGGAAUUGGCAAAACUGUGCUUUCCCAUCUGGUGUGCAAGGGCGAAGUGCUGCCCAACUCCUCCUACACCAUCGGCUGCUCCACCGAAGUCAAGAUCCAUGAGUUCAAGGGACGGCCGUACUACAUAGAGUUCUGGGACCUCGGUGGUUCGAAGAAGUACGCGGAGAGCCGCGGUGUGGUCUUCAACCAUUUGAGCAUCAACGGACUCAUUUUGGUCCACGACCUAACGAACCGCAAGUCAUACAAGAACAUAGGGCUCUGGAUCAAGCAGGUCAUUGGGUCUGACAGCUUCAAGUGGAAGGUUGAGGUUGACGAUGGAGAGGGCGGAUUUGCAACACACAAAGAUCGACACACGCUCGAACUGGACACAUACAACGGACCGUUGCCGGUGCUAAUCGUCGGUACGAUGGCCGACCUGGCUGCGCGAGAACAGCGAAGCUACAAGACCAAGGCCAUUUCCAAUCAGCCCGAGGUCGUGGAGCGACACAGCAUCGAAGUGAACUGCAUGGACGCGGCCAGCUUCGGCGAGAACACGUACGCGCUGCGGCGUCUGCGCGCCUUCUUGGACCAGGUGUGCACGCGAUACUUUGACCAGCCCACCAACCGCAAGGGAACACACCCGCCCCUGCCGCACGUACAGAUUGACAUGACAAGGAUGGCCCAGAGCAGCAGCGCGAGCGGCUUCGGUCUGUCGGCCUCCGCGGGCGGCAGCAGUGGCAUCAGCUGGAACAGCGUGGGCGGCCCCAGCACCAGCCUUGGCUACAAGGACCACUAUCCCUGA